AACAAAGAAGAAAAAAAAGCUUGACGAUCACAUCUGUCGAAGCCCAUACUUACUCGCUGCCUUUUUUGAUUUUGUUCUCGCCCAUUCCCUCGUACAUUGUAUAGCCGGCCUGACAGAGGUGAUAAUCUACAGUUCGCCCGACGACAAGAAAAAGAACCGAGGCUUCUGUUUCCUCGAGUAUGAGUCGCACAAGGCCGCCUCGCUGGCCAAAAGACGACUCGGCACUGGCCGCAUGAAGGUCUGGGGCUGCGACAUCAUCGUCGACUGGGCUGAUCCCCAAGAAGAACCUGACGAACAAACCAUGUCCAAAGUACGUGUACUGUACGUGAGAAACCUGACGCAAGAUUGUACCGAAGAAAAAUUGAAAGAGUGUUUCGAACAGUAUGGCAAAAUCGAGAGGGUGAAGAAAAUUAAAGAUUACGCUUUUGUUCAUUUCGAAGACAGAGACUGUGCCGUGAAGGCGAUGCGAGAGGUGAACGGCAAAGAAAUGUUCGGUUCUCACAUAGAAGUAUCGCUGGCAAAGCCCCCAUCCGACAAAAAGAAAAAGGAAGAAAUGCUGCGCGCGCGAGAGCGUAGAAUGAUGCAAAUGAUACAGAUGAUGCAAAGCCGCACCGGGUACGACAAUGCUUUAGGAUCACCCUCGCAUCCAGGUAUGAUUGCUGGUCCCAUGCCAGUGCGUGGACCUGGACAGGGCCCUCGUAGCACUGGUACAGGUAUGCGUGGACCAAUGACGCGGACCGACACUUACGCUCUCAAGGAAUUAGAUUAUGAUUACGACUAUUACGGUUAUGGAGAUUAUCGAGGUGGCUACAGUGAUCCAUAUUACGAUGACUAUUAUCGAUACGAAGAUUUCUAUUUCGAUUACGCGCCGCCUCCGCCACCUGCCAGAGGGAGAGGCAGGCAGCCUCAACCGCAGCAGGUAAGCGAAAGUUUGACGGGGGUCACCAGAACCAGGGGGAAUCUAAACGUCGCUUCCAGAGCAGCUGGGGGAACCAGCCCCUCGCUCAGCAACCAUUGGGCGGCAAUGCGUACGCAAUGGCGAGUGUGAACGGUGGCGGGGGCGGUGGCAA